GUGCGGCUUCCGGGUAGUUUCUCCCUGGGCCUCCUGGCGGGUGGUCUUCGCUCCCAGCUAGAGACCCGACACCCAGAGGCCCGCCUCCCGGGCUGAGGGGCGCGGACUCCGAGGGACGAAGCGAAUCCGGGUCGGACCGGACUCGCACCACUGACCAUCGCCCAUGGCGGCCCUGGGCCCCGGCAGCCAGAAUGUCACCGAGUAUGUCGUCCGGGUUCCCAAGAACACCACCAAGAAGUAUAACAUCAUGGCGUUCAACGCCGCAGAUAAAGUCAACUUUGCUACUUGGAAUCAGGCUCGCCUGGAGCGGGACCUGAGCAACAAGAAGAUCUACCAGGAGGAGGAGAUGCCCGAGUCGGGGGCAGGCAGCGAGUUCAACCGCAAGCUGCGGGAGGAGGCCCGGAGGAAGAAGUACGGCAUCGUGCUCAAGGAGUUCCGGCCAGAGGACCAGCCCUGGCUGCUCCGGGUCAAUGGCAAGUCGGGCCGGAAGUUCAAGGGCAUCAAGAAGGGCGGCGUGACGGAGAACACGUCCUACUACAUCUUCACCCAGUGCCCCGACGGGGCCUUCGAGGCUUUCCCCGUGCACAACUGGUACAACUUCACGCCGCUGGCCCGGCACCGCACACUCACCGCAGAGGAGGCCGAGGAGGAGUGGGAGAGGAGGAACAAGGUACUGAACCACUUCAGCAUCAUGCAGCAGCGGCGGCUCAAGGACCAGGACCAGGACGAGGACGAGGAGGACAAGGAGAAGCGCGGACGCAAGAAGGCCAGCGAGCUGCGCAUCCACGACUUGGAGGACGACCUGGAGAUGUCCUCCUCUGACAGCGAGGCCAGCGGCGAGGACGGCAGCAGAGCCCCCAAGGCCAAGAAGAAGGCCCCGGCGGGCAAAGCGGGCAGGAAGAAGAAGAAAAAGAAGGGCUCCGACGACGAGGCCUUCGAGGACAGCGACGACGGGGACUUCGAGGGCCAGGAGGUGGACUACAUGUCAGACGGCUCCAGCAGCUCCCAGGACGAGAUGGAGGGCAAGCCCAAAGUGACGCAGCAGGAGGAGGGGCCCAAGGGUGUGGACGAGCAGAGCGAGAGCAGCGAGGAGAGCGAGGAGGAGAAGCCGCCGGAGGAGGACAAGGAGGAGGAGGAGGAGAAGAAGGCGCCCACUCCUCAGGAGAAGAAGCGCAGGAAAGACAGCAGUGAUGAGUCGGACAGCUCGGAGGAGAGUGACAUCGACAGCGAGGCCUCCUCGGCCCUCUUCAUGGCGAAGAAGAAGACACCCCCGAAGAGGGAGCGGAAGCCGUCAGGAGGCAGCUCGCGGGGCAACAGCCGGCCGGGCACGCCCAGCGCCGAGGGCAGCAGCACGUCGUCCACCCUGCGUGCGGCCGCCAGCAAGCUCGAGCAAGGGAAGCGGACAGGCGAGGCACCAGCGGCCAAGCGGUUACGGCUGGACGGGGCCCCCCAGAGCCUGUCGGGGAAGUCCACCCCCCAGCCGCCCUCCGGGAAGUCGACGCCCAGCAGCGGGGACGUGCAGGUGACCGAGGACGCCGUGCGCCGCUACCUGACGCGGAAGCCCAUGACCACCAAGGACCUGCUGAAGAAGUUCCAGACCAAGAAGACGGGGCUGAGCAGCGAGCAGACGGUGAACGUGCUGGCCCAGAUCCUCAAGCGCCUCAACCCCGAGCGCAAGAUGAUCAACGACAAGAUGCACUUCUCCCUCAAGGAGUGAGGCCGACGCGCCCCAAUAAACAGCUGUGCCCUCCAGA